AAGUUUAGGGUAAUAAUUGAUGUGUUUUCCAACUUUCUUUUCAACUAUUUGUAAGAAACAAGUGGGCCAAAAGCCUUCGUCUAACAAAAGCCCUUCCUGCUGCCGCCGAAUUCAGACUAAACUCGACUCCGUUCGCAAACCAACACAAAUUGAUUCAUCUUCAAGUAACUCGAUUCUUAAUCUCUCUUUCCGCUCGGGCUGCGAGCAAUGGUACUCACGAACUUCAAUGGAGCUGGUGUCGGAUUUGGUUUUGGUGUCGGUUGUGGGUUCGGCGUCGGAUGGGGCUUCGGAGGAAUGCCUUUGAACUUCUUGGGCCUUGGUGCGGGUGGGGGCUGCGGUGUUGGAUUGGGACUUGGAUGGGGCUUUGGUACAGCUUUCGGGAGCAAGUAUCGGUCCUCGAGAAUGAUAUUUCAGGGAAUAGAAUUUGACAAGAAGGAUCAAAAUCAAAGUUAUGAUAACAAGGACUCUAAUGAUUUAUCCAGAAGUUCCAAAGAAGUUUGAGCUAGCUCUCCUCUAAAUACAUUCGCGAGGUUCAAACUUGUGUAAGAAUUUUCUUUUUCAAAAUAAUUUUGAACUAUUUUUAGAUGGAAAUGAAACAUCUGUUUGUAUAAUUGUGCACCCAAUUAUAUCUGAUUGUAUAAAAUUUAUCUUUCCUUUGUCAACCAA